GUGCCCGGACAGCUUCUCCACCGCAGCUGAGAGCUCUCCAGGAGGGAGAGGAGAGCGUCAGACAACGGAGACAGGCCAGCCCCCUCGGUUUGACCGGGAGCACGGAUCCAUGUGCAACAUCACCCGGACACAUUUCACCAGCAUCCACGUGUGUGUGUGUGUGUGUGUGAGGAUGCACUGUGCAGCGCUUGGUUUGCGUUUUGCUUUUUUUCUCGUGCAGACGGGGGGAUAGUUGGAUGCGUUAAAGUUCGUAUCUAUGCAGCGCUAUGGAUGCGUGCGUGCGUAUGUGUGCGGGGCUGCGCGCUGCGGAACCACAGGAUGUGUGAGUGUGCUCGGCUGGCUCUUCCUCUGGCAUCUGUUGGCUUUGUGGUGAGAAGAUGCGGUGCUGCGCCCAGCUGAUCAGAUGAUUUAACAAAGACUCUCAGGGUACAAAGCUUCUCUGGAGGUAGGACCUGUUUUGUAGGCCUGUUCCUGCCACCCAGCAGCCAUGGACCCCUUCCCAGAGUACUCUCAAUUCCUGAUCCGGAUCCUGGAGGAGCUGGACACCAAGCACAACACCAUGUCCUACCAGGACCUGUGUAAGUCCCUGUGCGCCCGCUUUGACCUGGUGCACCUGGCCAAGCUCCGCAACCUGCUCUUCUACACGGCCUGUCUGGAUCCUGCGUUCCCAGCCACACUCUUCAAGGACAAGAUGCGCUGCUCUGUAGAGGACCCGCAAUCCAAGAAGCUCAUGGUGGCUGCAGAUAUCGUCACCAUGUUCAACUUGAUCCAAAUGAAUGGAGGCAUAGCAAAGGACAAUCUCCCUGUAGUGCACAGGCCCAAGUUCCACAAGAACAAGUCGGUAGAGGUGUGCAGCUCUGACAAUGAUGCGUAUAAGUAUCAGGACUGUGACAGAGGGGCUGGUUACCAGCACAUGGAUCCCCCCAGGGAUGGACACCACCACCACCACCACCACCAUCAUCACCAUAGUUCCCCUCAGCCGCACCCUGUGGAUCAUACUGCCUCUCCCUGCCCUAAGCGAUCGGAGUGCAAUAACUGCCAGCCGUUUAUUCCCACCUCAGACCCCAACUUCCUUCUUGGGGUCAGCAAGGACCUGAAAUGUAGAGCAGCCUCUCUGGACAAACUUCACCAUUUGCCCCAGUAUCCCAGCAGCAGUCCGCCCUCUCCACCAUGCGAAAUGCAGAGGACCUACUUUCCCAUGGAUAUCGACAGCGAGUCCACCACCGACCAGGAGUCUUUGCAGCACAUUCACCAUCCAGAGCCUGUCACUGUUCACUCCUGCAUCCAGAAGAGGAAUAUCUUUAAACAGGACUUCCACAACUUCAUGACCUUCUCACCAAAGGUCAUCACCACUGAGAGCAAACAGGGCAGUAAGGCUGCUGAUGGCUACCACAGGAGGGAGCUGCACAAGCCUGCCACUUUCUUCAACCACAGCUUUGAACUGCCUUACAGCAACCCCUAUUUCGAGCCCACACUCAACUCCCCUCUCCAGGACCGACAGAGGGUGAAGCACGAGAGCCUGGACGACCUACAGGCGUCCACGUACUUUGGUCCGACCACAAACUCUGAGUUCGUCAGCAGCAGGAAGCACAGUAACAAAGCAGGAAAGCAGCCGGCGUGGCCAGUGAAGAGCCUUAGUCUCAAUACAGAAGAGGGGCCUCCAGACUUUGAGAGGUCGUUUCUGAACAGCAAACCACUCAAAGACAACCACCAUCGCACUAUCAGCAUCAUCGGCUCAGACAAUGAGCAACAUUUUCAGACCCUGAAGGUAAAUGUGGUAUCUUCCCCUUCUGCUUUUGCAAAUAAAAUAAAUGGAAUAAAAAACAAAGAUGUAACACUGAUAGCAAGCGGGCCAGUGGGUAUGGACAAAAGAGAGGCAACCAAAAGAUUUAGGAACAAAAAUAUGAAUAGUCCAUCCUUUCAGGGAGGGGACAGCUCCUCUAGUAUUGGGACUCAAACUGAGCAAGCUGAGCAGAAGAAGGUGAAGGAACACCCAGUUAAAUACAGCGACAGAGAGAGACGAGCCUUCAAACACUCUGAUGAGGACUCCGAGAUCGUUAGUGACGACAUAAGUGACAUUUUUCGUUUUCUGGAUGACAUGAGUGUUUGUGACUCUCUGGGAGUUGUACAGUCUUCAUGCUACAACAGCACUGGGUCUCUUUCUCAGGUAACACUGAAGUCGGAAGGUGACAGCUCCCCUGAGCGCAACACGGUCAAACUAGCCAAGUCCAAGCUGGAUCGCCUCUUCAAUUCACUGGAAAACACAGACGAUGAACUUAAGUCGAGUGUGUGCAAAUUGGUGAUGAGGAUUGGUGAGAUUGAGAAGAAGCUGGAGUCUCUGUCGGGGGUCCGCAGUGAGAUCUCCCAGGUCCUCUCCAAGCUCAACAAGCUGGACGAGAAGAUCCAGGAGCCCGAGGCUAAUGGAAGGCACAGGGAGACGGUGUCUGCAUCUGGGUGUAAUGCCAUCCCUGACAAGUCUCACCCAUGCACACAACAACAUCUCGACGCCACUCUCUCACCUCGCACUUUCCAGUGCCACACCACCGGCCACAAUAUCAAAGUGGACAAUGGCCCCCUGGGGGAGUGGUGCUGCUCGGAUGGGAGUAACAGUGGCAGCCUCAGGGUGAAAGCUCUGAAGAAGAGUAUGCUCACCAGGAGGUCAUCCCGCUCACUCAAUGAGGAGAACAGUGCCACUGAGUCAAAGGUUGCCAGCAUCACUAACUCUCCACGGGACUGGAGGACAGUGUCCUAUUCCUGCCACCCUGGAGACGAGAGCAAGGACAAAGAUAGAGAUGGCAAGGACAGACACCGGAAAGCCAAAGAGGCAGAGCGAGAGCGUCAAUAUGAGCUUCCCCAGGCCCACCUGACCCCCAAAGCCCACCCGGCCCUGAUCGAACAGGUUUUCUCUCCGCACCCCUUCACCCCCUCCAUCAAGGCCCAUGUGAAAGGCAGUCACCUCUACACUGACCUGAGGCUCACCAGCCUGUCAGAUGCCAAGCGCGGGCAGCCAUCCUGGACCAUCGAGGAGUAUAAACGCAACUCAGGAGAGAAAGGGAAGCAGUUCACAGCCCUGGACGUGCAGACGCAGGAGUCCCUAAACCCAAACAACGUGGAGUACUGGAUGGAGGACAUCUACACACCAGGCUAUGACUCACUGCUCAAGAGAAAAGAGGCAGCGUUCAGGAGGGCUAAGGUGUGUAAGAUCAGCGCACUGAUCGCUGCCGCUACCUGCACCGUGAUCCUGGUGAUCGUUGUUCCAAUUUGCACCAUGAAAUCAUGAGAGCGCUGAGAUGGAGGACACACUUUUACUGAUUUCCUGGUCUGUUUGUGGACUAGGUAAUUGUGCAGCAGAUUUACCAACAACAUGAACAUGUUGGGAAUUGUCUACUUUAUGUUUUCUUGCUUUUCCUACAGCAUUUAGUUCUGGUGGUAUUUUUUGCCAAUAUAAAAAUGGUUAGGGCAGAUAUUUUACCAUAGAAUGAAUUCAGCAAGUGCAUAAUAUAUUAAUAUAUAUGUUGUAGUCUAUUGUAUUGUCAUACUGUGUGGACAGUUGGAAGCUCAUUGAUUUAAUUGUCUUUCUUAAACGACUGCAGCAGCAGUUGAUCCCAGAAUAAAAAAGAAUUUGUUGAUGUAGCCAACAUAUAUCUUUAUUUUUCUUAUAUUUACUGUACAGUGUAUUUUGAUCAAAGUUAUUUUUUAUGAAUUAUCUAGUUGAAUGUAAGAAUUUAUCUGUCAAUCACAGCAAGCAUUUUAAGUAACACAAUAUGUUCAACACAUUUUUCUAAAUAGAAAUAUAUAUAAGUGCUUUAGUUGAAGUAGAGAUAGACUUCUACAUAGAAUGCAGACACAGUAUGACUACACAGCCAAACUGAAUGUAUUGAUUGUAAGCCUACUUACAUUGAAAGGCAUGCACUAAGGAGUUACUUAAAUGUUGCUGCCUUUUGUCUUUCUUUUUCUGAAUUAUAAAAGCCAACAGCACUUACACACAUACAUGCUCCUCUUCCCAAAACAUUUGAUUUAUUCUUUUUGUACAUCACUAUUUAUCAGGCCAGCUCUCCAUGCCACGCAAGACACUAAACAGAAAAAACAUCCCUCUCCGAGCGGGUUUGUCCAUCCAUUCAUUGCUGCAAUCUCCUUAAAUGCCUUAAAAUGCAAACACUAUCGAAGCUCUAACAAACCCAUCUGUUACCCAGCGCAUUCCUAUACCUGGAUACCCAUAGUUUAGCCUCAAUAGAAAUCCAAAGCUGGUAAACUUAUUUAUAAUGUAGUACAUGUUAGGUUAAAAAAUAAGGCUGGUGUUCUACAUUUUCCUAAUUGUCAUCAAAUUCCAAUGAUGUGUUACCGUAUAUUACUGCAUCUUUUAAUACACUACUGUUACUUAAACAUAAAUAAGCAGUGCAUUUGAUGGUGACUAUUUUCAGUGGUGUACUAAUUCAGAUUUCAUAAUCUAGUUAGUAUUUCUGGCAGCAAGACUGUGUGUGGUAUUUAGUCAUUAAAAAAAGAGUUAACAGUUCAAGUUAAUGAAAAAAGAUGUCCCUUGGGACCAGAGUGUGUGGCUCACUGAUGAGUUUUAAAUUAGUUUUUGAAAAAAAGAAGUUUUUCUAAUCUAAACAAGCAUUCACAAGCGUUUUACAUUAGGGUCACUUUUACCCAUCACUUUUCACUUUUCAACCCAAUUUUAAUUGAUCACACCAUAAUCUCAAGGCACAUUUCAAAGAGAGGUUGAGCCCUUACAAUAUUUAUAGUAGACUGGAGGAGCCAGAUAUAAAGGGCAACGGAUGACGAUGUACAACUCAAUCUACCUCAUGAGCCACAGCCGCCCCCAGAGGGACAUAUCAUACUUUAAACAGACACACAAUACUUGUUAGUAGGAUCACUUUAUCAUUGGUUUGUGCUUGCACUUGGGAUUGGUUGACAAUAAUAAAGAUACAGCAUGACACUAGCCUUAUCCUUUAACCUCCAUGUGAAUGAAAACCAAUACUUUAUCUUCCUUAGAGCCCAGUAAACAUUAUUUUGACCUCUGCACACCUCCACCGUACAAUGUGCAUUAACUCAACACAACAGCCCUGCAAUAACUUCCACCUUUAUGAAUCUUGACCAGAGAAGAUUGUAUCUCUGCAGUCGUUUUGUUCUAAUGCUGCCGUGGUAUUGGACUCAAUUAUGUUGAGAAUUGUUCUAAUAUUAUUCUUCCCCGUGUAUAUAAAUUACACAAAAUAUUGAAUGUGCAUUUCAGUGUAAUCCUUUGAACUUGAUCUUUAUAAACAGAACACAUAUAUGUACACAGCCACACAGCCAUAACAUGGUAAAUCCAUGUACCAGCAAGAUAUGUAUGAUCUGAUUCCAGACACCUGAGUCAUCGUCUGUAUCUCAGAUUCUUUCAGUGAUUCAUGAGGGUCUGGUGCCGUGAUUUGUCAGACAAACAAUCAGAGCUACAUAGCUGGGUUUAGUAAUGGGAAGGUCAUCCUCCUGCAUUGCUAUCUACCAAACUGAAUGUCAGAAGAAAACAAAAAUAAAAAUGAGGUAGAUGGCUAAACAGGUUGUUGUAAAUUGUCAGAAACAAAUUACUUAUAAAUUAUGUUGGAUAUAUUGUCACUAACUUUUGAAUGGUUAAAGCAGAACUCAAAACAACCAGUUGUCUCUCUUUUCUGACACAUUUUGCGUAUUUAUUGGUUGUAAAUGUUAUGUGUUUUAUAAUUUUUUUUUAUUAUACAAUUAAUAUCAAUCAGAUCACAAAAUGUCCUUCAGGAGGGCUUUAGGAUGGUCUAUGAUCUGAUUUGGCAAUAAGUUUUUGGCUCUUUUUUGUAAUUUGAAAACUGGGUUUUUAUGCAUUUCUCUGUAUUUCUACACAGUUCGUGUGGCAAGGAACAAUACUUUGUUGUAAUGUAACUGAUUUUAAUUUAUAUAUAUGUAUAUUAUAGUAUAAUGUAUAACAACAACUAAAAACUAAGUUUCUCUUUGAA